UUUGUGUUACUGUGCCAAGCGAGACGGAGCCGUAAAUCAUUAGAAUUUCAAGUGUUACAAGUUACAAGCUCGAUGCGCGAAAGGCGAAGUCCGCGUAUCUACAGCAGACAUCGAUAACGGGAGAAGGAAGAUGAUGGCAGUACACGUGAAGGCAACGGAAAGACAGCUUUAAUGGUGGAGAAGGCAGUGAAAUUCCGUCCAGGAGCCAGAAACCAUGAAAGGAACAAAUCAAAACGCACAAACUUUUGAGAAUUCCUGAAUGAAAAUUAUGGUGUUCUACCAACGAAAGUUAAAAUCUACUCGCAAGAAACAACCAGAAGAAAAAUGCAGUCAGCAAUAUGUGGUGUAAUUCUAUCUUCUUCAAUGGUUUGCCUGGAAAAAAGGCCUUCGUUACUACGGCCAACGUUCCAAGUUCACGAAGGAUUCGAGAUGGCGACAACGAGGAAGGUGCUGACAAAAGCUCCUGAGAAUGUCAUAAAAGUGCUGAAGAAAAUAUGUAGUUUGAUAAUAUUCGUAAGAUUGAUCAGACCAGAUGAUCCCAAAAGUGUCCGUAUCUUGCUCAUUCAGUUCUUCCUGGCUCUUUCUAGUGGAAGAGGAAAUCCAAAUGUGUUCAUCGUCUUAUUCACAGCGAGUACCAAUGACCCAUUUGAGGGCACGAGGGAGCGACGAAGUUUUGAUGUAAAGAGUGACUUAAAACGCCCUGGUUUUCGUUUUACAUUUUCAACUUUCUCAAAUAAAAUUAACAUAAUGCAAUGUAAUAACAAU